CAUUCUGCCUGGGUAUUAAGGACAGUGUUUCAUUGUUAUGUGAACGUAUCAACACAUCAGCAUGACCAGCUGCUCCUGCAUAUACACCAUCUCAAUGAAAGACGUCACAUGUUAGGUUAACUGCAAAACCACAUUAAUAAUUGAGUUGUGAUAUUGAAAAACUGUAAGUGAAGGACAUCUCAGCGUCAAAACUUAGUGUGAGGUGGAGGAGCAGCCUUCAGACACUCCGUUCUUGCAUCAGAAACAUCAUGUCCCUCGGCGGGCGGAUGAUGAUGUCCCCUGAGGCAUACCACAUCGUACCGAUUCCUUGCCUACCUCCACAUCUCACACACCAGCCGCCUAUGGCCUGCCUCACCCGCCAGCCAAACACCCACACUACCUGGGCCACCGCUACCACCACCUACGGAGGCUUUCAUCCGCCUUACCAGGGGCAUUACAACACCAUGUCUAGCCUCACUGCUCCUCACACCAUCAUGCACAAGAAGCUCACCGAUAACUCAGCCCCAGCCUCCAAGAAGUGCCCGUCCGUGCCUCUCCCGCAGCUCUCUCGUACUUCCUUCCACGUAGGCUACUAUGUGCCGCCCUCCGUUGAACCUGGUGAUCUCUACGGAGGUCUGGAGGAUGUCUGGAAUCAGCACUUUGAGUUACUCUUCCGCCACCUGCCUCACAUGUGGUCCUUCGGUCCCGCCGAGACGCCGCCCUCUGACUGGCACGUCUUCAAGGACAUGGCCAAAGUCCGAUUCUCCUGCCAGCGGUGUGCACACGGGUGGACCAGCAUGUACGGCCUGGUGGUGUUCUACUACCGCUGGGACGCCGCCUCCAGCCAGGGGCUGGUUCGCUUCCUCCUCACCGGGCAGAAGUGUAACCAGUGUGACGUGGAGGAGUUCGAGACGCCCAUGUGGUACCCGGAGGAGGCGCAGAAAGUGAUGACGAACCUUUACCAUGAGGUGGCUGGUCGCAUCUACAAGCUCCAGACACCCCCUCUCAUCAAGGACCGUCGCCAUGGUCGGCCUCGCCAGCAGCACAACACCACUAUGUGCGAGGGGUGUCGCCAGGGCCUCUGUAAGACCACCAAGAUAACGCAAGGUCUCACAGUCACCCAGACAUGACCGAGGCCAUCAAACGUGCGUAAAUAAUGUACCGCGGAAACCCGAUAUUUGUUAGCUUCUCCAUUCGAUUUUGUGCAGUUUGACAAUGUUAAAUCGUUCCGCGUGUGGAUGUGUAAGCUUAGUUGAAUAAGUAAAUGUUAGUUUUAAUUUUAUUAGUAUUAAUAUUAGUAUUUUAAAUAUGAUUGUACUAUUUGUAGCAGUAGUAGUUGUUGUUAUUCUUGUAGUAGUAGUAGUAGUAGUAGUAGUAGUAGUAGUAGUAGUAGUAGUAGUAGUAGUAGUAGUAGUAUCGUCAUCAUAUAAUUUUGAGUGUACGAGCCCACUUUGUCAUACACACACUCCCAUAGAUAGUUAGUCACGUGGUGACAUUAAGGAAUGAGACGUGAGGUCGAGUAUUAUUGUAGUCACAACGAAGGAGUGUAAAUUGUUUGGGUUGACCUCGAUAUGUGGCAACUGCUGCUGACACACACACACACACACACACACACACACACACACACACACACACACACACACACACACACACUGCUUACAUUGUUGUUCUCAGUGCAUUCUUCAAUAUAUUAUUUUAUGUUAUGUAUAUUAUCCGGAAAUUCGUUUGUUUAACUU